AUAUUUAUAAAAAAUUAAAUUUGUCACAAUUUUAUUAAUUUGAUGAUCAAAUUAUUGAUUAAUUAAUAAUGCAACAUUCAAAUACUGAUAAUAUUACGAGACAAUUAAAUUAUUUAUCACACAUUACUUCCAUGAAGCAAUCACAAAAUAAAGAACCAGGAAAUCCUGGAUGUUUGGAAGAAAUUCACAAAAAGGUAAAGGAUCUCUAUCCUUGUAAUUUUGAAGGUGCAAAAUUGUCAAUAAAACGAACGCUGAGUCAACAUUUUAAUAUAAUUCAUUCAUUGAUAUUCAGCUCAAUGACACCGUCAGGUUAUAGAUUUGGUGGAAAUUUCAUUGGUGAUAAACGUGUUGGUCUUUUAGAAAAAUAUCCAAUAAUACGCGGUGAAAUAAUGACAAAUGGAAAUUUAACAGCAACAUUUAUGCAUACAUUAAAAUGCAGAUAUAGAAUAAAAUUAGGGGCACAAAUUGAAAAUAGAGAAUAUAAAGCAUUUAGUGGAACAAUUGAAUAUCGAUCAAAUGAUUGUACAGCAUCAUUAACACUUGCCGAUCCAAAUAUUUUAAAAAAACAUGGAACAUUUGUUAUUCAUUAUUUACAAGCAUUAACGCCACGUAUGACAAUUGGCGCUGAAUUGGCAUAUCGUCGUGGUAUAAAAAUUCCCAAUUAUCAACAAUCAAUUGUCACAAUGGCAGCGCGUUAUAGUACGGGUAAAUAUACAAUUUCAUCGACAUUUAGUAAAGUUGGAUUACAUUUUUGUUAUCAUAUGAAGGCAAGUAAUCAAUUACAAUUGGGUCUUGAAUUUGAGACAAAUUUUCGUACACUCGACAGUGAAUCGGCAAUUGUCUAUCAAUUGGAUUUGUCACAUUUGGAUUUAACAUUUCGCGGUCUUUUUAAUUCUGAAAUGACAGUCGCUGGCGUUUUUGAAAAAAGACUUUUGCCCUCAGUCAAUUCGUCAAUAUUGAUCAGUGCAUUGUAUAAUUAUAAAAAGGAACAAUUUCGCGUUGGUGUGGGACUAAAUAUUGGCUAGUAAAAAAAAAAAAAAGAGUGAAAUAAAUUAGAAACAUUUGUGAAUAGAAAAUAUAUUUGUUCGAAUCACAUCGUGUGUGGUGGAUCAAGUUUGUUUCGAAAAAACAUAUUGUAUCAGUAGUUUUUUUUUUUUUCUUUUGAUAAAUGACAUUUAUCACGUUUUCAUCUAGUUUAUUUUCUAUUUUAAAGGAUAAUUAAAAAUUUAUUUUACAAAAAUUCUUUUCCUACAAAUACUUAAAAAUUUAACGAAGCUGAAGUACGCAACGUUUAUAUAAACGAUUUUUAAAGAAAUAAUUUUUUGCCUAAAAAUUAUUUUUUUAUAAUUUGUUGAUUAAUAAAAACUACAAGAAAUAAUUUUUAGACAAAAAAUUAUAGAAUUUUUCAUUUUAAAAAAUUAUUUCUUUAAAAAUCGUUUAUAUAAACGUUGCGUACUUCAGCUUCAUAAAAUUUAUUUAAAAAAUUUUUUUUUUUUUAAAUGUUUAAUUAUUCUUUAAAAUGGGAAAAAAAAUUUAUUUAAAAAAUUCUAUUCCUACUUUAAAGAAUACUUAAAAAAUUUAUUUAAAAAAAAAAUAAAAAUUCUUUAAAAUGGAAAAACAAAAUUUUUUUAAAAAAUAAAUGUUUAAUUAUUCUUUAAAAUGGAAAAAAAAAUUAUUUAAAAAAUUCUUUUCCUAUUUUAAAGAAUAAUUAAAAAUUUAUUAAAAUUUUUUUUUUUCCCAUUUUAAAGAAUAAUUAUAUUUUAUUUACUCUCCCUGUCUUACGCAGAGUUUGAGGAUUAUAAUUAAAAAAUUUUUCGUCUGAAAAAUUUUUUUUUGUCUUUUAUUUUUCUUUUCUUCAUACAUUACGAGGUAUUUUUUAUUCUUUUCGUCUUUUUUUUUUUUUUUUUUUUUUAAUUCACUGUUUUUCAAUCGAUUAGAAACUUUUUUUUCUUCUAUAAAAAAUGUGUAAACAUUUGAAAUUUAAAUACAAACUUGGUAAUGUAUUUUUUUUUCUAAAUUGAACUUAAUGAAUAAUUAACAAACAAACAAAAAUUGUGCAAAACUCUUUAAAUAUAUAUAUAUAUAUAUAUUUUUUUUAUAAUUCAUCACGAUUCGGUAAUUUCUCUAAAAUAUCU